GUGAGUGCACCUUUAAACAAUUCUGGUUUCUAUUUACUCUCAUGCCUUGUGCAGAGGUUUGGCGGACUUUUUAUGCGCGCGUUGCUUCGUGUUUCAGGCCUAUUCAAUAAAGUUCAGUCUACAUUUUAAUGGUUAGUAUGAAUGACUGAUUCUAACGGCGGGCGCACAGUGAGCGGCGCGUAAUUUGACGACGGUCCCUCCGAAUCCCGAAUUUUAAUUGAAGCAGCGCCGCAUGCGCAUAACGCACUUGGUCUCGCCGUCUCCGGCUGCAUCUGCUCACAGCGCUGCCUCUACACUUGACUGUCCAGUCACUCCAGGACGAGCAACAGAUAGUGUGUGCCUGUGCUUCAAUCUGUGAAGAACUUUAUUUCCAUCGCCCCGGACACACAUCCGAUUCUUCUUCAUCAUCCAUCCGCUGCCCUCUCGCGACCCACCGGCUACAGGACCCUUCUGCCAUGGAGAGAAAGCGACCUGGCAUGCCAUCAGGAGCAAGAAUGCCUCACCAGGGCGCACCAAUGGGACCUCCAGGACCACCAUAUGGGGGAAGCCCUGCUGUCCGGCCUGGACUUACCAAUCAGGCCAUGGAGGCCAGCCGCAAGCGACCCGCUCCUUCACAGCAACAGAUCCAACAACAGCAGCAGCAAUCUGUACAGAAUCGAAACAGGAAGAAGCCUGUGGGAUUUCCUGGACCCAAUGAGAUGCCAGGGAGGCAGAUGGACUUGAGAGAGGCCCAAUCAGAUCCCACACUUGGAUCAAAUACCAAGAGGAGGAAGAUGGCUGAUAAGAUCCUUCCACAACGGAUUCGUGAGCUCGUCCCAGAAUCCCAGGCAUAUAUGGACCUGCUGGCAUUUGAGCGCAAAUUAGACCAGACCAUAAUGCGCAAACGUGUGGACAUCCAAGAGGCACUUAAGAGGCCCAUGAAGCAAAAGCGGAAACUGCGUCUCUACAUUUCCAAUACUUUCAACCCUGCCAAGCCUGAAUUAGAGGACUCUGAAGGCAGCAUCGCAUCCUGGGAGCUGCGUGUGGAGGGCAAACUUCUGGAUGAUCCAGGAAAGAUGAAAAGGAAGUUCUCUUCAUUCUUCAAGAGCCUGGUGAUUGAGCUAGACAAAGACCUUUACGGACCUGAUAACCAUUUGGUAGAGUGGCAUCGUACUCAAACCACUCAGGAGACAGAUGGUUUCCAGGUGAAGAGGCCUGGUGAUGUUAACGUCCGCUGCACUCUACUGUUAAUGUUGGAUUACCAGCCGCCUCAGUUUAAACUGGAUCCGCGACUGGCUCGUCUGCUGGGCAUUCACACACAGACUCGAUCCAGUAUCAUACAGGCACUCUGGCAGUAUGUCAAAACCAACAAACUGCAGGACUCCCAUGAUAAGGAGUACAUCAACUGUGAUAAGUACUUCCAGCAGAUCUUUGACUGUCCACGUCUGAAGUUCUCCGAAAUUCCACAGCGCCUCACCAAUCUUCUACUGCCCCCAGACCCUAUUGUCAUCAACCACAUCAUUAGCGUUGAUCCUAAUGAUCAGAAAAAGACAGCGUGCUAUGACAUUGAUGUGGAGGUGGAGGAUCCACUUAAAGCUCAAAUGAGCAGCUUCUUGCUCUCCACAGCCAAUCAGCAGGAGAUUGCCUCCUUGGACAACAAGAUCCAUGAAACCAUCGAGUCCAUUAAUCAGCUGAAGAUCCAGAGAGAUUUCAUGCUCAGCUUCUCCAGAGAUCCCAAAGGCUACAUCCAGGACUGGCUCAAAUCCCAGAGCAGAGAUCUCAAACUGAUGACAGAUGUUGUUGGGAACCCAGAGGAGGAGAGAAGAGCAGAGUUUUAUCAUGAGCCUUGGUCUCAGGAGGCUGUCAGCCGUUACUUUUACUGCAAGAUUCAGCAGAGAAGACAGGAGCUGGAGCAAGCCUUGGCCAUGAGGACCACCUAGAACCCACACUGACCACAUUUAGACACCACGGCCCAUUUGUGACAGCUCUUAGCCUAAGCCACAUGGAGAUCUCUGCAUUUAUUUUUCACAGUGCAUGACAAUCUGAGUCAUUGUUGUCAAUGAGACCUACAAUCUACAGUACCAGUCAUACCCAGUUACCCCAAACAGCCCUUGCAGCUCCAUUAUAUGGGUAACUCAGCCAGUCAUGGUGCUGUGUCUUGGAUGACAUCAUCUCACAAUACACUAUUUAAAAUUCUAGUUUUUAAUACUAUUUAUUUACACCAGCAUUUUGAACUUAAUUCUGAAGACUUAAGAGCUGGCUUCAGUCCCAUUGACUGUGGAUUCAAUGGUAGUCAUGGUUACCUCAAUUGUGAUUUAGCCUUCCUUCCUCUCAGUCAUCAAUUUCUGGUAUUCACCAAAAGAAUUCUGUGAUUAACACACUGGGCCCUAUUUUAAGAGUGCUGUGCUAUGCUUUAAGUCAUAAACGCAAAGUCAGUGGGCAUGGCCAUGAAGUUUUUGUAUUUUUGUGCAAGCAUGCGCAAAGUCUAGGCAUAAGUGGGUUUGGUGAAAUUUUGCGCACAACACGCUAAUGGGCUGGAUCAAGUGCAAUUUAAUUCUGAGGUUCUUCUCCGGUUAUUGAACCAUCUGCGUCCUAUUAUAUAGUUAAUUUAUUGGAACACGAAAAAAUUAAACCCAAAAUAUUUCUAAAUUCAAAUUACACUUGAAAUGAAAAUAUUUAUCAAAAUAAAGAAAUUGAAACAUUUUACCCUCUCCAACUUAUUUCACCGGCUCCUUUUGCAGUGACUUAAAAAUCUCUCUUCAACAACAGGUUGAAAUAUACCAAUACAUAUUAGAUCAUAAAUAAAAUUUUAAAGAAUAAUGAUAACUGAAAAAUGAACCAUGAACUAUAGACAGUUUAACACAAAUCUAAUACAUUUCUGUUUCAUAAAACAGCUAUAACUCUGAUUGUCAGGGACAUCAUUUGACUUUCCACUAUAUUUUCACAGUUUGGACAUGAAAUGUAUUACCACCUGCUGAUGGAAACGCAAAUGUAGGAACUGAAUUUAGACUUUAUGCUGAAAACAUCUUAGCGCAAUGACCUAUUUCUCAGGAAAAUAGCAAAAUGCACUUUGCGGCACUUCAUUAACAUACAAUACACCCACAGUUUGCGCACAUACACCCACAUAUAGCGCAAACACUCCCACCCACUCCCACUUGCGCUGGCACGAAAAUUGCACCUAGAGUAAGUGCUCUCACAUAAAUUGGAUCAGACAUAGUGCACAGUCGUUGCACGUAGCACUGCGCUUUGCGCACUCAUGAAAAUACAGCCCACUGUCUUUUAAGGUUUUGUUGUCUUUCGUCUAACCCGCAUGGGGUCAAAUUUUGCUUCUUAUUUUUGAGAGAGAGAGUGAGGAAAAGAGGUCAUUUUGUUUAUCAGUGUUGAAGUAGUGUAAAUGGAGCUAGGAUAAUGGUUAUGUCUAUUAUUUUACUUUUAUUCAGAAUGUAUUUAUGAAGUACUUUGAGGCUGGCAGAUUUUUAAAGAGCAUAUUUCUGUAUUAACUUAACUGGUGGCUUACAGGGUACAUGUUAAACUCUGCUGUCACUACUACAAUAUUGACAUUGACUUUAUUAACUAAGUAAAACAUUGAAGGAGGUUGGUUUAAUCAAGUAUUUAAAAGCUAUUGACAUAGUCAAUUAGUUCACUUUGAAGGAAUUUGAUAAGUCUUUCACUGAUUUGAAGAAAUGAUAUGAAGAAAUUGGGCCAUCACCGCAUACUAAAUUUAAGCCUCAGAAAUAAGACCAUCAGAUAGCUGAUUUAGCACUGAGCUAGAUAAAAGUCAGUAUUAUGUAAAAUCCUGUCUUUACUGAGAUCUUCCUUUAUGCUUCACCAAAUGUUUUGUUUUUGUUUUUUGCACAAGACACUACGAACUAAAAAAAAAAAAAACCUUCAAAUCCAGAAUAUUUUUGCUCCACUUCAAUAGUCCAGUCAAAAAUAACAACUUGUGAGCAUUUGUUUUUCACACAGUAUCUUGCCGUUUAAAUAGUAACUUGAUUAUUUUUAUUUUAUUUUUAUUUUUUUUGUGCUUUUAUAUGUGAUGUUUUACCAAAGGUCUAAAAUGCAGUGUUCAGACUUUGAUUAAAUGAAGGACUUGUAAAAUACAUGUUUUGAAUUCCCAUACAGUAAAUGCAUAGAUGUGAAAAACAACACUUUUUUUAUAUAUUGCUCUAUGACAUUUAGUGUCUUUGCACUAAACCAUGGAUCGUAAAUGGAAGCUUUGAAUGCUUUCCAUGUUAAUCAUAGGUUGCUUAAAUCAAAGGAGACAAAUGAAGGAUAAACAAGGGGAAUAAAUGUUACGGUGUGUAAAUGUUGCCAAUGCGGCACUAUAAACUUAUUUCAUCUUUGUCGUAUAGUCCUGAAAGUUGAUCCUGAAACCUCUGUUGGUUCUUUAGUGUCAGAUGGGAGAUGACUUGUCCAGGUCAAUUAUUGGCUGUUCUUGCAGUUUCUUGCCUGUGACUCACAGACAUCUUCUCUUAAAGAGAGAGGAAUGCUGAUGUCUUUGGGAAUGACCUCUGUGUUGUCACUCAGAAUAUUUUUUUAGACCUAUGCAUGCUGCAUGGACAUUUUUAUACUUUCAUACAAGGACAUGAGAAAUCUUCGGGUUGCUGGGGACUUGAUCAGAAGAGCACUGAUGUUUAGUUUGUGACCCUCAGUGUUUGGGUCAAGACACAGCCUCUACAUACAACCUUAACAUGUACAGGCCAAUUUUAGGUCAUAUGUUGUUUUUGUUUGUUUUGUUUUGUCUUUUAAAAAUACUUUGCAAUUUAAUAUGUUGAUAAGGGAAGCACACCAAGGAUUUUCACCACGACUACAUUACCAAGCCUGUUUGGCAACAAGAGCACCUCCCAUCGAAUGUCAUGGGUACUACAUGUAUGGUGUCAGCCAUUUUGAACAUUAUGAACUUGAAGUACAAGAGUUGUAACAAUGUAAAAGUCAUUAUAACAUCUGCCUGUGGUGCUGUGGUAGCAACUGAGCAAGAUUUUCAUUUGUGUAAAGCAAUCAUUUCUCUUGCUUUCCAAGCCACCAACUGUGCUUUACCUGUCCAUCGUGUGGUCAAGUGUUCAUUGUUACCGCCUCUCCUGCUUGUACAGAACUGUCCAUAAAUCCUGGGGUCAGUCACUACAGCCUUUGUGGCACACUAAAUGGGAUCUCUCUGCCAUCUAGUGCUUCAUUAAUGGAAAAAUCUUGCCCCUUAAAAGUCUGAGGGCACACAAAAUUUUGCUAUUUAUAUAUUUAAUCCCAAAUUAACAGUUUCUGGUUUAAACCUAUUUGAAACCUUCAGGUUUAGGGUUAUUGUUCCAAUCUCAUCCUUGAGUUUGUUCAUAUAAAUACUGAAAACUGACAUCUGAACAAGUUUUUUUUUUUUUUUUUUUUUUGUAAACACUUUACAAUAAGGUUGUAUUUGUAAACAUUAUUUAAUGCAUUAGGUAUCAUGAACUAACAAUGAAUAAUAUUUUUAACAGCAUUUGUUUAUUUUGGUUACUGUGCACAGUUGGUAGUUUACAAUGUAUUAACUAAUGUUAAUAUACAAUACAAUACAUUUUUAAAAAAAAUAUUAGUAUGUUCAAAUUAAGUCCUGCAAAAUAUUGUUUAUUCUUAGUUCAUGGUAACUAAUGUAGUCAACUAUAGUUAAUGAAUACAAUCUUAUUGUGAAGUGCUACCAUAUUUGUUUUGUCUCUCACAGUUUGUACUGCAAGUUUGUUGUCUCAAUGUUCACCAAGAGAUUAGUACCAAACUACAGAAGUACCUGUGAAGGACAGUGGGUUUGUAAACAAGCGCUUUCCAAAGUUUGUGAAUGGAAUAACAUACUGAAAAUGUGUUGAGAGUUUAUUCUCAAGAAGUGUAUUUAUGUGUGUAUGUGAAAGCAAGAAAAAAAUUACUAGCUCAAAUGAAGUUACACUUGGUUUGAUAAUAAGAUUGUGGUAGUUAUGAUUAAAAGAUUCUGCUUUUGA